AUGGGUAGCUUAGAGAGCCAGAUGGAAAUGCUUAGUAUAGAUGAAGAAGAGAAAUGGAUAAAGCAUUAUAGCAGUUCUCAUAAAAUACUACUAGUUGGAGAAGGUGAUUUUUCUUUCGCUGCUUGCUUGGGCAAAACCUUUGGUUCUGCUGCAAACAUGGUGGCCACUUCUCUCUACUCCAAAGAGACCAUGAUGCUCAAGUAUUCAAAAGCUGCGACAAACUUAAGCGAGCUGGAGGAACUUGGAUGUACCAUAAUGCAUGGAGUUGAUGCUCAUACUAUGAACAAGCAUCCUCUUCUGAAUCGGAAAUCGUUCGACCGGAUAGUCUAUAAUUUUCCUGCUACAGCUCUCAAAAUGAGUGAAUCAAAUACUCACCAAAUCGAAUUAGAUGAAGGCUGCCAAUUCUGCUUAGAUUUAACUGUGUCAAAAGCAUAUAUUUCUCUUCUUAGGAAGCAUCAAAGGUUGGUGAAGGGCUUCCUGGGGAGUGCUCAUGACAUGCUGGAAGUGAAUGGAGAAAUUCAUGUGACCCAUAAAACCACAGAGCCAUACAGUAAGUGGGAGAUUGAGAAAUUAGCAGAGGAUGCUGGGCUGUGCUUGGUUGAGAAAGUCAGGUUCAAGAAAGCUGACUAUCCAGGAUUCAUUAAUAAGAGAGGAUCCGGGCCGAGAGCUGAUCAGACCUUUUCUGCUGGAAACUGCUGUACCUUCAAAUUUGCCAGGAAUAUUACUUGA